GCGCGGUCGGCAGCAUUCGCGCGCCGCUCGGCAUUCCGCGCGCACCACGAACGGCCGUUCCGCUAUGGUGCCACAAUGACCUCGCUGCCCGGCAUGACCCUCGACCCGUCGGCUCCGCCACCCCUGCUGCUGGACAGCUCGUACGUGUCACCGGACUACGGGAACCUGUCGCUGCUGUCAUCGCUGCCGGCAGCAAACAUCAGUUCGAACAAGUUGUACCAGGUUCCCGUCGGCUUCAUCGUGCUCCUCUCCAUAUUCUACGGCAUCAUAUCACUGGUGGCCGUCGCCGGCAACUUCAUGGUCAUGUGGAUCGUGGCCACGUCACGGCGCAUGCAGACCGUCACCAACUUCUUCAUCGCCAAUCUGGCCGUAGCCGACAUCAUCAUCGGACUGUUCUCCAUCCCGUUCCAGUUCCAGGCAGCUCUGCUGCAGCGCUGGGUGCUGCCCGAGUUCAUGUGCGCCUUCUGCCCCUUCGUACAGGUGCUCUCGGUCAACGUGUCCAUAUUCACGCUGACCGCCAUCGCACUGGACCGUUACCGCGCCGUUAUGUCGCCCCUUAAGGCUCGCACCACCAAGCUGCGCGCAAAGUUCAUCAUCUGCGGCAUCUGGACGCUCGCGGUCGCGGCCGCUCUGCCGUGCGCACUCGCUCUGCGUGUCGAGACGCAGGUCGAGUCGCACGCGCUCAACCUGACCAAGCCGUUCUGCCACGAGGUUGGCAUUUCGCGCAAGGCCUGGCGCAUCUAUAACCACGUCCUCGUGUGUCUGCAGUACUUUUUCCCGCUGCUCACCAUCUGCUUUGUGUACGCGCGCAUGGGCCUCAAGCUCAAGGAGAGCAAGUCUCCCGGCAAUGCCCAGGGUGCGCGCGACGCCGGCAUCCUCAAGAACAAAAAGAAGGUGAUCAAGAUGCUGUUUGUCAUCGUGGCACUGUUCGCCUUUUGCUGGCUCCCUUAUCAGUUAUACAACAUUCUCCGGGAAGUUUUUCCAAAGAUUGACAAGUACAAGUACAUAAACAUAAUCUGGUUCUGUACACACUGGCUGGCCAUGAGUAACUCCUGCUACAAUCCUUUCAUUUAUGCCAUCUACAACGAGCGCUUCAAGCGCGAGUUCGCCACUCGCUGUACUUGCGGCGGUCAUCGCUACAAGUCCCCCAAGAGCCGCUUCGCCUCGUACGAGCAGGAAGACAACUCGACCAUCAUUGUGUCCAUGCGGCACUCAUUCCGGCUGAGCUUCAAGAAUUCCGCGCCGCUCAAAGCGAGCACGCAGGUGUAAUUAGAGUCAACCACCAGUGAAAUCCUAUCAGCGCACGUGCAUCGGGAAGAAGAAACAGGAGACUGAGCGGCGCCCCCUAUUUCCUUCGUGGCCCUUUCUCCGCGACGAUGGUGAUAUCUGUGAAUGUCGAACCCGAUCUGCGCAGCACCCAUUUGCAAAUGCGCCAGCCCGGAAGGCGACCACCCGCCGUGGCUCAAAUGGCCGUGCCCCACCGACCUGCUUCAACACGGAACUUGAGCCCUGAACUUGACCACCGGGCGCAAUUAUGUCCAAGCAAGGGAGGUGCACGUGUGUAUGUGCGUGUAUGCGUGCCUGUGUGUUGUUUGACUUGUGUCUCUUAUUCCGAUCUAUUCGGUGGUAAAGAGACGCUGCGAGGAAUGUCGGGCUCUACCGACUUCGAGGCUUGCUGCGUGAAAACGAUAUUUUGUGCGAGUCAGAGCAUGUAUUGGCGUUUUCGCAGCGCCGAGUUUGACGUCCGGCAUCCGUGUGUGUAUAUACCGUUGUAUAAGGAUAGCCUCGAGCUCCCCAGACAUCGACAGACACUAAGAGUGUACGUGCAGGGACUGUUGUCUUUCAUGAGUUCUCUUGCUUGCAGCUGCUCUCUUGCUUGCAGCUGUCUCCACGCUGUGUUAUCCGGGUAAUAAAAUGAAAAGACCGCGCGCUCGUCUGCCUGUCGCCUCACGUGCGAGAUUACUGGGCACGAUCAUCAUCACAGUCAUGCUCGUUCGAAAAGCCUAUAAUACGUGCGCUUAAGGUGCUUUGUCACGGUACAUCCUCGUAAUGUACAGAAAUUUGUCCUCAACCUGCCAUGGAUAUGAAAGUAGCAGUUGGAUUGUUAUGACCUGUUACAUUUUUGUUUACUCUGACUCAUCUAAGAAAACAUAGAGGAAUGCAACUCUGGGAGGGAUUCAAAAGUGUCAUCGUGCGACAAUCUUGAAGCCAAGUCAUAAAAAAAGAAGGAGCAAACAGGCCCUAGUUACGUGUUAGGCAAGUGCUAUAUUUGUCGGCUCGCUUUGGUUGCGUCUGCUGCGGGAGCUUCGGUGGUCUCAUCCUACCUAGAAAGCACCGUGCGCUAGUCCAAAGGGGCAGCGUCCCAGGAAGUUCACUAAUUGUCAAAGCUAGCGGAUUUAGUUGACACUCCCUCCCAGUUCCUUCCUUCCUCCAUGUCUACAAGACGGUGAGUGUACAAUAAUGGGGUGAACCCGAACAUAUAGUUAGUGCGUUUCCGUUCAGUUUAUUAUUUUUUAGUCAGUGCCUAAAUCUGGGUGUUGUACUUAUUUAAAUAUAGAAUUACGAAAAAAUACUGAGAGAAUAUCGUCAUAGUUGGCGAAGAUAUAGUAUCUUUCGGCUUAAUCGAUACGUGAAAUGUCCCAAUGGUACUGCGUGAUUCUUUUCUUGUGUACGCUAAGCUACUUUGCUGUAGCUUGGUUCGCCCAUUCAUCCAUCGUAUCAGGGCGCUUUCCGUUACUUCAUAUUGCUCCUAAAGAUGUCAUUGCGCCCUCUUGUCUAUUUCACCACAAGCAAGGAGUCCCAGUGACUUUGUUUACCCUUAAAGUAUAUCUCUUGAAGUACUUCACUCUCACCAUCUAGUGAUCAUGAACCAAAAACGCUCCGCCACAACAUUCAUACAAUGCAGUCAAGUUUGGUAAUUAAAUCUUAAUCCUGCAGGUCGCUCUCGAAGAAAUAUUACCCACCUGGAAGGUUUUGCGUUCAUGCACAUUAUCCCUGUUCUCGUCAAUACACAUUUCCUGUGGUGGCCUGACCAAUCGUCCUCUCAAUCGUCUGAAUUUUGGCCACGUGAGCCAAUGCAAGCAACGCCGUGCAAAAUGAUUAGCGCAACGGCUUCUAGAUUGUAUAGCCUUCUAUGCGCAAAACCGGACACCUAUACCCAUGACGCCGCAUCCAGCACAUUGUUUCGCGGCAGGUAUAGCGUUUCGCGACCGCUGCAACGGUAUCCAACCUCAUUAUCACCGGAGCAGCAACGCCAAUUUAAAACAAUGACUGCAACAAGCAAUAUAGUUCAUUGGAUUUCGCUAUCACCGUGGCCUUUGCCUCUGGUUCAACGAGUAAGCAUUAUGAGGAUAGAGGAGUUGCAGGUGUGGAUGUGUGCUUAGAGGUGCGACAAAAAGCUUAAGCGUCUUCACUUUCGCGUGAAGCCGUUACUAGCUGUUACUCUAACUGUGUCUUUAUUAAACUGUCUCAGUCAUCUGUGCUCUAUCUUUCUAUACAUGUGUCUGCUAACCUUCGCAAAUACGUCUCCGUUACUUCAUAGGUGGGCCAUGAUUACUGAUGGUGCACGUCGUCACGUUCACAUUACACAGAAAAAAAAACUUGUAAAAAAGCUUCUAAAAAGAUUGCUCUCACGCUACAUAAAGUGACCGUUGAAAAGUGUUGUCAUAUUCCUUGUCUCAACAUGAUGUGUCAUCCAUGUGAUCAAUAAAGGAAAAGACUAAAAAA